GAGUCCGUCCUUCCCCUCGCAGGUUCCGGCUGUGCGGACAUGUCAGCGGCAGGUCGCGCCUCCAGGAGCCGGGAGAUCCCCGCCGUCCGCAGGGUGGCCAUCCACGAUGCUGCCCUCAUGCCCCAGGAUUACUCCACGACUCCGGGGGGCACCGUGUUCAGCACCACGCCUGGAGGGACCAGGAUUAUCUACGACAGGAAGUUCCUCCUGCAGUGUCGGACGUCGCCCCUGGCUCGCACCCCUCCCAUUCUGCCUGAUAUCCCAGGAGUCACGCGGCCGCUGAUCCCUGCCUCUUCUAAUGACGCUAACAAACGCAGCGAGAUGCCAAGCAGCAACGAGCGCAGCGUGCACACAGAAACCUCGGGAGAAGACGCCCAGUUUGAAAUGGACAUAUAAAGACAAACAUAAGUGAGCCUUAUAUUCACAUAGUUAAUGCUACCUAGAAUUAAAACUCUAUAAUAGUUCAAUUAAAAAUUCUAGCUGUUUU